AUGUUCUCUUUUCUCCUCGUCCCCAAAACCCCGAAACCCAACUCCUCUCCCCAUUUCCCCUCCCUCUCCCCAACUCCAUACCUACAUUCCCCUCACACCCUCCUCUCCCGCGCACACUGCCCCUCCAUCUCCGACGCUCAUGGCGACGACCCCGCCGACGCCGCUGCGGCUCUGCUCGAGCGCGGCGCCGACCCACGGGAGCCUCCGCGGCUUCACGCCUACAUGCUCCGGCGCCGCCUCCUACGCGCCCCGUUCCAUUGGAACGCCCUCGUGCGCUCCUACGUCCGCCGCGGCUCCCCGCGCGCCGCGCUCCGCGCCUUCGCCCUCAUGUCGCGCGCCGGCGCCGCGCCGGACUCCUACUCCCUCCCCCUCGCGCUCAAAGCCGCCGCUCUUGUCCCCGCGCCGCUCGGCGCGACCCGGCAGCUCCACGCGGCUUCGAUCAAGCGCGGCCUGGAUCGGAGCGAGUACUGCGAGAGCGGGCUCGUCAGCGCCUACGCGAAACGGGGCGACUUCGACUCCGCGCUCCAGAUGUUCGACGAAAAUCCCGAGAGGAAGCUCGGGUCUUGGAACGCUAUAGUAAGCGCCCUGUCGCAAGGCGGGCGCGUAGAAGAGGCUAUAGACAUGUUCAUUGGGUUACGAAGGAGCGGCUUUGCUCCCGAUAACGUUACAAUGGUGAGCGUGGCCUCGGCGUGCGGCGGGGUAGGGGACUUAACCUUGGCCGAGCAGGUCCACGCGUGCGCGCUCAAGUGCGCGCGCGCGGGGGGGCGGCUCGAGCCGACGCUGUCGAACGCGGUGCUCGGCAUGUACGCCAAGUGCGGGCGCACGGACCUCGCGCGGCGGGUGUUCGCGCGGAUCCCGCGGCGCGACGUGUCGUCGUGGACGGCCAUGAUCUCGGGGCUCGCGGCGCACGGCGAGGCGUGCGCCGCGCUGGCGCUCUUCCGCGCCAUGGCGCAGCGCCGCGAGGGCCCGCUCCCGAACCGCGCCACGAUGGUCGCGGCGCUCACGGCGUGCGCGCACGGGGGGAUGGUGGAGGAAGGGAUGGAGCUGCUGCAGAAGAUGGAGGAGGGGGAGAUUGCGGUGGAGCCGACGGUGGCGCACUACGGGUGCGUGGUGGACAUGCUGGGGAGGGUGGGGAGAUUGGAGGAGGCGCGUGGGGUGGCCGAGAGGCGGAUGCCGAUGCCGGCGAAUGCGGUGGUAUGGGGGACGCUGCUGGGGGCGUGCGAGAAGCACGGGGACGUCGCGAUCGGGCAGUGGGCGGCGGAGAAGCUCCUGGAGGCGGAGCCGUGGAAUGACGGGGUGUACGUCGUCCUCUCGAAUAUAUACGCCGGCGCGGGGAUGUGGGGGGAGGCCGAGAGAGCGAGGAGGCUGAUGAGGGAGAGAAAGGUGGCCAAGACUCCGGGAUAUAGUUCCGCCGUGUUAUUUUCGUCGGCUUAA